CCCAUGCCCCCUGCGUCAGGAACACAGAGUCUUCACCAGUAGACCAACAGGGAAGUUUCUCACAAGGUUGUUUAUACUGCACUGUGCUUUCGUUUCAGUGUCCUGGACAUUGCCUGGGUCGCAUUGUAAGGAUGCAGCAGCAUCACAUAAUUUGUCAGCACCCCAACAGUUCUGAGUCCGGCUGUGAUGACACAAAGAGGGUUCUUGUGUGAGAGGAGACAUAUGCAGCUGUUAGACCAUGAAAACACAGUGAAAGUCCUCAAUGUUAUUGACACGGAAGACUCUACCAUCACGGUGAUGGAAUACGUGAGCGGGGGAGACAUGCAAGCCUACUUGGAUGACCAGGGCCACAUGACGGAGCAGGAGGCCCAAUGCCUUUUACGGCAGCUCCUAUCAGCCCUGAACCACUGCCACGAGCGGGGCAUCGUACACUGGGACCUGAAACCAAGCAACUUGUUCCUUGAUGUGGACCACAAUGUGAAGACUGCAGACUUCAGUCUGAACUACGAUUACUGCCCUGGAGAGAAGUUAGGUACAUUCUGCAGCACCCCUGCCUUCGCAGCCCCUGAGAUCUUCCUGGAGUUGAUGUACUUAGGCCUGCCUGUGGAUGUGUGGAGCCUUGGUGUUAUCCUGUACAUCAUGGUGACUGGGUUUGAACCCUUCCAAGGACGAGACUACCAGGAGAUGAAGCAGAGUGUGCUCACAGGGCAUUAUCAUGUGCCCGAUGGUCUAGCAAUCAUCGUUAAUAGCAAGCAUGCAACGUUAAUAGCAAGCAUGCUGACCCUCGACCCGACAACCAGAGCUCCUUUACCCCAUGUUUGGCAGCAUCUAUGGGUCAAGAUGGAUGAGAAGAAGCCACUCCAGCCAGUCAGAAGAUGGCUUGGAGGUGACAGUCCAGAACACCAGCAGCACCCAUGACACUCUUGGGAAGAACAGCACCCAAAACACCAAAAGCACCCGUGACACCCGCGGUACCCGAGACAACAGUGGCACCUGAGACACUCGUGGCAAGAGCAGCACCCGAGACACCAGUGGCACCUGGGACAAGAGCAGCACCCGAGACACUUGUGGAAAGAGCAGCGCCCAAGAUACCAGCGGCACUCAUGAUACCCAUGGCAAGAGCCUAGGACUACGUCCUAGGGUCCUUGAGUGAGAGGGAAAAUAUGAAACUGUUAGACCAUAAAAAUAUAGUGAAAGUCCUCAAUGUCACUGACGCGGAAGAUUCUACCAUCACAGUCAUUGAAUACAUGAGCAGGGGAGACAUGCAAGUGGCAACAGGGACAAGAGCCACACCCGAGACACCAGUGGCACCUGGGACAAGUGCGGUACCCGGGAUACCAGCAGCACAUGGGACACCAGCGGCACCCAUGACACUUGCAGCAAGACUAGCACCUGAGACACCAGGAGCACCCGUGACACCCGCGGCAAGAGCAGCACCUGAGACACCAGUGGCACCCAGGACAAGAGCAGCACCUGAGACAGUAGCAGCACCCGAGACACCAGCGGCACUCAUGAUACCCACGGCAAGAGCCUAGGACUAUGUCCUAGGAUUCUUGUGUGAGAAGGAAAAUAUGAAGCUGUUAGACCAUAAAAAUAUAGUGAAAGUCUUCAGUGUCAUUAACAUGGAAGAUUCUACCAUUAUGUUCAUGGAAUACAUGAGCGGGGAAGACAUGCAAGCAGCACCCGGAACAAGAGCUGCACCCAAGACACCAGUGGCACCCAUGAUACUCGUGGCAAGAGUAGCACCCAAGACACCGGUGGCACCCAUGACAGCCAAGGCAAGAGCAGCACCCAUGGUAAGAGCGGCACCUGAACACCAGCAUCACUCGGGACAAGAGCAUCACACGAGACACCUGCGGCACCCAGGACAAGAGCAGCACCCAUGGUAAGAGCGGCACCUGAACACCAGCAUCACUCGGGACAAGAGCAUCACACGAGACACCUGCGGCACCCAGGACAAGAGCAGCACCCGAGACUCCAGCAGCACCCGUGACACCUAAGGCAAGAGCGGCACCUGGGACACCAGCGGCACCUGAGACAUCUACUAUCACGGUAAUGGAAUACGUGAGCGGGGGAGACAUGCAAGCCUACCUGGAUGACCAGGGCCACAUGACGGAGCAGGAGGCCCAACGCCUCUUCCGGCAGCUCCUUUAGGCCCUGAACCACUGCCACGAGCAGGGCAUCGUGCACCAGGACCUGAAACCAAGCAACUUGCUCCUUGAUGCAGACCACAAUGUGAAGACUGCAGACUUUGGUCUGAGCUACUAUUACCGCCCUGAAGAGAGGCUACGUACAUUGUGUGACAACCCUGCCUUCGCAGCCUCUGAGAUCUUCCAGGGGUGCAUGUACCUAGGCCCGCCCAUGGAUGUGUGGAGCUUUGGCUUCGCCCUGUACAUCAUGGUGACUGGGUUUGAACCCUUCCAAGGAUGAGAUUACUGGGAGAUGAAGCAGAGUGUGCUCACAGGGCAUUAUCAUGUGCCCAACGACCUAUCCUAUGAAGUGGGAACAUUAAUAGCAAGCAUGCUGACCCUCGACCCGACAACCAGAGCUAUUUUAGCCCCUCUUCAGCAGCAUCCAUGGGUCAAGAUGGAUGAGAAGGAGCCACUCCAGCCACUCUGUGAAGAGGACUUGGAGGUGACAGUGCAGAACACCAGCGGCACCCGGGACAUUCGCGGGAAGAGCAGCACCCAAGACACCAAAAGCACCCAUGACACCCGCAGCAAGAGCGGCACCCACGGCAAGAGGAGCACCAGUGACACGGCAAGAGCAGCACCCAAGACACCAGCGGC